AUGAGUUUCGACGGGCUUUGGCCGCUGUACGAGACUAAGAUGCGGGCUGGAGGCAAGGAGAGCGAGACCGAUGCUGCGGUCAAUGCCUUCAAGUACAACUUCCAAGUCUUGACGUCUGGUGCUGAUACCAUGAUCCCAGAGGCCGCUUUGGAUCCGGUGCCGACUUUGCCCGACUUGGAGAGCCUUGAGAUCACGCCGAAGCCCGAGCUGCUGAAGGAGACCGUCGUCUUGAAAUUGAACGGCGGUUUAGGAACGGGCAUGGGCCUUGACAAGGCCAAGUCGCUUCUGGAGGUCACGAGCGGUAACACAUUCCUGGACCUCAUUGCCAAGCAGGUGGCUUGGAUGAAGGGAACCUACAGUAUGCCGGACCUCAAGUUCAUGCUCAUGAACUCCUUCUCGACUUCCGCGGACACUUUGGAAGCGCUGUCCAAGUACCCGGAUCUGGGAACUGGAGAUGAUCUGCAGUUCGUGCAGAACAAGGCGCCGAAGGUCACAGCAGAUGGCUACGCACCGGCCGAAUGGCCCUCUGAGCCGAGUCACGAGUGGUGCCCACCCGGCCAUGGAGACCUUUAUCCGGCCAUGCUGGGGUCCGGCACUUUGGAUCGCCUGUUGGCCAAGGGGAUCAAGUACAUGUUCGUGUCCAACUCCGACAACCUUGGUGCGACCUUGGACCUGAAGCUCCUGACGUACUUCGCAGAUUCCGGUGCGCCUUUCCUCAUGGAGGUGGCGGCGCGCACGGAUGCUGACAAGAAGGGGGGUCACCUAGCCGUCAUGAAGGACAAGGGUGGCCUCACGCUUCGCGAGUCGGCACAGUGCCCGAAAGAGGACGAGGCAGCAUUCCAGGAUGUCACCAAGUACACCUAUUUCAACACGAACAAUCUUUGGGUUCAUCUGGGAAAGCUGAAAGAGCUCUUUGACAAGAGUGGUGGGGCACUGCCUCUUCCCGUCAUGAAGAAUGACAAGACCGUUGACCCCCGAGACAAGAAGUCAACAAAGGUAGUGCAACUGGAAACGGCCAUGGGUGCUGCUAUUUCCUGCUUCGAUGGAGCACAAGCCAUCAAGAUCCCAAGGACACGAUUUGCCCCCGUGAAGAAGUGUGAGGACCUUCUUGCCCUUCGGUCAGAUGCGUACACUCUUACCGAGGACUUUCGCAUUGAGCUAGUUCCAGAGCGAAGCGGAGUUCCACCACUGAUCAAGCUGGAUGAUGCUUACAAGUUUGUGGAUGCUCUCGACACUCUUAUUCCCAACGGAGUCCCCUCCCUGAAAGAAUGCGUUUCUCUGAAGGUUGAGGGAAAGGUGGAGUUCGCCACUGGUGUUGUGGUCAAGGGCAAGGUUACCAUCAAAAAUUCCAGCGACGAGAAGAAGAUCGUGCCUGCAAAGGUAUACCAAGACGAGACGGUCGAGCUUUGA